AUGUAUGAGUAUCCUUUACUUCCAGAAAGUUCAAGAAUUAUGUGGCAACUCAAAUCUUCAUCUCAAUUAGAGAAACCACGAUAUGUAAUUGUUGGAUUUCAAACUGGAAGAAAGAAUAAACUAAAAAAUACAUCCUGUUACUUUGAUCAUUGUAAUAUUACAAAUGCAAAACUCUUUUUAAACUCACAAUCUUACCCUUAUGGAAAUUUAAAUUUAAAUUUUGAUCAAAAUCAGUAUUCUUUAUUAUAUGAUAUGUAUGCUAAUUUUCAAUCUUCUUAUUAUGGAAAAGAUUCAGAACCUACUUUAGCUAUUAAUACUUUUAAAUCAAAAGCACCUUUAAUUGUUAUUGAUUGUUCGAAACAAAAAGAGUUUUUAAAGCAGUCUUCAGUCGAUGUACGUUUAGAAUUUGAAGAUAGAGAAAAUAUACCUGCUGAUACAACUGCAUAUUGUCUCGUCAUACAUGAUCGUAUAGUUCAGUAUAAACCAAUCAGUGGUAUUAUUAAGAAAUUGUAA